AUGGCAGGCUACCAUCUCCCCGUCGACCUCAAGCAAUUCAAGAAGCUGCAGCUGGACCCCUCCAGCAAGAAGCUGUCCGCCCAGCAGAGGAAGGACCUGCUGCACAACAUCAACGUCUUCCGCGAUGCCAUCAUCGCCUUCACGGCCACCGGCGCUGCCCGGGGUCAGGCUGGCCACACCGGCGGCCCCUUCGACACGGCCCCUGAAGUCUGCAUCCUGCUGGGCCUGAUCAACGCCCAGCCCGACACCUUCUACGACGCCAUCUUCGACGAGGCCGGCCACCGCGUCGCCACCCAGUACCUGCUCGCGGCCAUCGACGGCAAGAUCGAGCCCGACCACCUGCUCAACUAUCGCGACGCCAACUCGAAGCUCCCCGGCCACCCCGAGCUCGGCCUGACUCCCGGCGUCAAGUUCAGCUCCGGCCGCCUGGGCCACAUGUGGCCGCUGGUCAACGGCAUCGCCAUGGCCCACAAGGACAAGACCGUCUUCAUGCUCGGCUCCGACGGCUCGCAGCAGGAGGGCAACGACGCGGAAGCCGCCCGCAUCGCCGUCGCCAACAACCUCAACGUCAAGCUGUUCCUCGACAACAACGACGUCACCAUCGCCGGCCACCCGUCCGAGUACCAGAAAGGCUACGAGCUCGAGCGCACCCUCAGCGGCCACGGCAUGAAGGUCGUCCGCGCCCAGGGCGAGGACAUCGACUCGCUCUACGCGGCUGUUAUCGAUGUGGUUACUAGCAAGGGGCCCGCGGCCGUGGUCGUCGACCGCAAGAUGGCCCCUGGCAUUGAAGGCAUCGAAGGCCAGACCAAGGCCCACGAUGUCGUGCCUGUCGACAUCGCAAGGAAGUACCUCACCAAGCGCGGCUACUCGGAAGAGUCGCUCGCCUUCUACGACCAGAUCAAGGCCACGUCUAACCCGCACCAAUACCAGGGCUCCACCAAAGAGAAAGGCGGCAACCGCGUCAUCUUCGGCGAGGCCGUCAACUCGGUCCUCGACGGCCUAAGCAAGGAGGAAGCCGCCCGCCGCGUGAUGGUCAUCGACUCGGACCUCGAGGGGUCCACCGGCCUGAAAGCCAUCCACCAAGCGCACCCAGAAGUGUACGUCUCAUCCGGCGUGAUGGAACGCGGCAACUUCUCCGCCGCCGCAGGGUUCGGGUUCGGCAGCGACGGGUCGCGACAGGGCGUCUUCUCAACCUUCUGCGCGUUCAUCGAGAUGCUCAUCUCCGAAAUCACGAUGGCGCGACUCAACGGGUGCAGCGUGCUCUCGCACUUCUCGCACAGCGGCGUCGACGAAAUCGCCGACAACACCUGCCACUUCGGCCUGAACGCCUUCUUCGCGGACAACGGGCUCAUGGACGCCGAGAGCACGGGCCUGUACUUCCCGGCUGACGGCGAGCAGAUGAAGGCCGUCGUCAAGGAGGUCUUCUUCACGAAGGGUCUCCGCUUCAUCUUCUCCACCCGCUCCAAGGUCCCGUACAUCCUGAAGGAGAACAGCGAGGAGAAGCUCUUCGGGGGCUCAUACAAGUUCGUCCCGGGCAAGGAAGAGUUCAUCCGCAAAGGAAAAGCCGGGUACGUCGUGUCGUACGGCGACAUGCUCUACCGCUCGCUGGACGCCGUCGAGCGGCUGCGCAAAGACGGGCUGGACGUCGGCCUGGUAAACAAACCAACACUGAACGUGGUCGACGAAGACGCAAUCCGGGAAUACGGCAGCUCGCCAUUCGUGGUCGUCGUCGAGUCGCUCGCGCAGAAGACGAGUCUGGGCUCGCGGCUUGGCUCGCACUUGCUUGAUCGCGGCCUGACGCCCAAGUACCGCAUGAUGGGGGCCGUGAAGGAGGGCUGUGGGGGGCUGUUCGAGCAGAUCAAUGCGCAGGGGUUGGGGCCGGAUGAUAUUGCGCGGGUUAUUCGGGAUGUUGCGGGGAAGUAG